AUGUCGUCCAACGCCUCAUCUUGGCGCCGUCCCGCCGGCGGCAAUGCUGGUGGUGAUUCGCGAGCUGGCGGCCCUCCUAGCAACCCAUCCGCUGGGGGAGGAGCGCAAGGUUCCAACUAUGGAGUAGGUCGCGGCGGUGAUGGUCAGUCAGGUGAAUUUUCCGGCAACAAUGCCUAUGGAAACCAGCGAUCCAACUACAGAGGCCGCGGUGGUCGUGGUGGCGGUCGAGGCUUCCGUGGCCGGGGCAGAGGCGGUCGCGGCGGUCGGGAUCGCGAUUUCUACAGCGGUAGACGCCAGGAUGAUGAAUUUGGCCCGGAUGUGGAUGAGGCCGACCUCUACCAGAAGCGUGAGAUUACUCGUCAUUUCUGGGCUGAAGAGGCCGGGAGCGCCGAUGCAACCCACAGCUCGACUUUCCACGAUUCGAUUCGGCACCAAGGUCAGCUGUCUUACAUGCUCCUCUUCUCGGGCGCCAACCCGCGUUGGCAAUCGGACAACAUUGUCUUUGCCAAGUCCCACCUGAAGCUGCUGCCAGAGUACGAGGCCAAGAAAGCCGAGUAUGGUCCUUGGGAGGUUACCAAGGCAAGACAGGAAUCCAAGGCGGCUGCAUCCGACGGAGCUGAUGCCGGCGGCUUCAACCCUGACCCUGAGCAACCCCCCCAGGAAAGUGACGAGAAGCCGAUGUCUGAGGAUGCUACCGAAGGUACCAAGCAGCCGGCCGUCGAGGGCAUUAAGGAAAGCCCAGUCGAGGGCACCGGGGAGAAGACUGCCGGGGAGAAGACUGCCGAGGAGAAGGCUGCUCAGGCCACCAAAGACAAGACGAUUGAAGGCUCCGCGAAAAAAGCCGAGACGGCCACCGACGCAGCUGCUACCGGAGCUUCAACUCAAGAUGCUGCACCAACUGAGCCUGCACCCCCUCGACGAUUCGCGAGAUUUGGAGCUCAAGACAUCCGACUGCUUCCUCCUGAGGAGCAAUACCCCGAGCCUGAACCCGAGCCCGAGGAACCCGUCUACCCCAGCAUCCAGCCCAUCGACUACAUCCCCAACGAGCACCCGCCGAUUGCCGUCUUCGCCGAGCGCCGAAGAGUGGCCAAGGACACAUUCUUCUUUGUCGGCUGGUUCAAGGUGGCUCGAGUCAAUGUUUUGUCCCCUCUCUCGGCUGAGCUUGUUCGCAUGCAGCAGCAGAAGUGGGAGCAGCGAGCUCGCCACCAGCGUGAUGCCGGUGCUUGGCAAGCGGCCAUGAACCAGGAGUGGUCGGUGGUCAAGUUCGAGAAGCUGGCCGAUGAUGUCGCGCCGCCGCCUCCGGUUAUUGAGAAGAUGGCGCCGCCGCCUAGUGAGAGAGAAGGCGACAAGGAGACCAAGGGAGUCAACGACCAGCUGCAGGACAUGCGAUAUGGCAACGAGAAGCAGGACGCCCUUCCUCUGACCACCUCUGAGGACAAAGUUGCCGUUGAGGGCGAAGAGAACGUCACACCCAGUCAGGCGACGGAGGUCUAG